AUGGCUGGCAGGAACGAGCGCACCUACAUCAUGGUGAAACCCGACGGGGUGCAGCGCGGGUUGGUCCCAGAAGUUUUUAGCCGCUUCCAGCAGAAGGGAUAUCAGUUGGUGGCUUUGAAGAUGAAACAGCCGACGACGCAACUGCUCGAGCAGCACUAUGCCGACCUUAAGGGCAAGCCGUUCUUCCCCGGACUUGUCAACUACAUGGCCAGCGGCCCUGUUGUCUGCAUGGUAUGGAAGGGUACAGACGUUGUGAAGCAGGGCAGGAAGCUCCUCGGCGAGACACGGCCUCUUGAGAGUAACCCCGGGACUCUGCGUGGUGACUUCUGUAUCGACGUUGGUCGCAAUAUUGUGCACGGAUCGGAUUCCGUGGAGUCAGCGGAGAAGGAGAUCGCCCUGUGGUUUUCCCAGGACGAGAUCUGCGAGUGGACACCCGCGGGCAACAGCUGGAUUUACGAGUAA